GUUUCGUCAUGUUUAGUUUAUCCAGGCAUAUUUUGAUACAAAUCUUGAAGUGGGCCAACUGAAGUGGGAAGGGGCUCGUAUAACUGAGAAAAUCACCACUGACAAUAUUGAUGUUGGUCCACAAUCUGGCGGUGGAAGUAUGUAUUCUAUUGGCUGUGCUAGGUACGGAUGCAGUCGUCGAUGAAGCAGGACCUUUGGGAAGGUUGCUGACCGCCGCCCUUAAUACCGCUGGAAUUUUUACUAGGUUCUUUCCCAGGUAUCUCGACCAACAACAUUCAAAAGACAGCAAUGAAUUUGAUUUCAUCAUUGUUGGCUCUGGGCCAAGCGGAGCCGCCCUAGCUAACCGAUUGUCUGAGCAAAAUGGUUGGCAAAUUCUUCUGCUUGAAGCCGGAGACGAAGCAAGUAAGAUCGUGGAGUGGCCAUUUUUGUGUGGAGCAUUAGAAUUUACCAAAUACAAUUGGGGCUAUAAGGCAGAGAAAAUGGAAGGCUUCUGUAGAGGUUGUAUAGAUGGCAGAAUGGAAUGGCCUCAUGGAAAGGCGCUAGGUGGCAGCACAAUCAUCAACUACAUGAUCUAUGUCAGAGGCAACAGACUGGAUUAUGACAGGUGGGAGGCGAUGGGCAAUCCUGGAUGGUCCUACAACGAUAUAUUUCCGUACUUCUUGAAGUCAGAAGAUGCUAACAUUUCGCAGACAGUUGAGGAUGCUGGAUUUCAUAGAAAAGGAGGAUACUUGGGAGUUAGCGACAUACCGUUCAGAUCUGAAGCUGUUGAUGCUUACGUUGAGGCUGCCAAGGAAGCAGGGUAUCCGUUUGUCGAUUAUAAUGGAAGAAGGCAAAUCGGGGUAUCUUAUGUACAAAGUAACACCAAAAAUGGCAGGAGAGUAAGCUCUGAAAGCGCUUUUCUGCGCCCUAUUCGCAACAGGAAAAAUUUCACCGUACGAACUGGAUCGCAUGUUACGAGAGUACUCAUUGAACCGAGAUCUAAGAAGGCUUAUGGUGUAGAAUAUGUGAGAAACGGGAGGAAGUACAAAGCAAUUGCCAAGAAAGAAGUCAUUAUAUCUGCUGGAAGUUUGAAUUCACCUCAAAUAUUGAUGCUUUCGGGGAUUGGGCCUAAACAGCAUCUACAGCAAGUCGGAAUUCCAGUUAUCAAAGAUCUUCCAGUCGGUAGAAAAAUGUACGACCAUGCUACUUUCGUUGGUUUGACGUUCACUGCGAACCAAAGUAUUGUUCAUGACUUAGCAUAUUAUUUAUCAAACCCCGCCACGUAUGCGGAGUACCUUAAGAGAGGCACUGGGCCAAUCGCACAAAUUGGUGGCGUGGAAGCAUUGACGUACAUCAAAACGAACGUUUCCGAUGAUCCUAACCCAACAAUGCCAGAUAUUGAGCUUAUAUUCAUUGGCGGUGCUCUAAGUUCAGACGCAGGAAUUAUAUACAGAAGGAUGUUCAAUAUUCCGAGACGAACAUACGAUAAAUUGUGGAAACCAUUAGAAGGAAAACCAGCUUUUCAGGAACCAGAAACAACGUUCUAUCAAAAAUCUCAUGGCAUAGGGGUUCAGAAAAUGUUAAACUCGCAACAAAUAAUUUGGAAGGUAGACGCAGGAAUUAUAUACAGAAGGAUGUUCAAUAUUCCGAGACGAACAUACGAUAAAUUGUGGAAACCAUUAGAAGGAAAACCAGCUUUUCAGGUAUACCCAAUGCUGUUCCAUCCAAAGUCAAUAGGGUACAUCAAAUUGCGAUCAAAAAAUCCUUUCGAUCCACCGAAAUUCUAUCCCAACUAUUUUUCUGAUCCAGAAAAUCACGAUAUCAAAACCAUGAUUGCGGCUAUAAGAGAAAUACAGAGGAUAAUGCAGAGUCCUGCAAUGCAGAUGUAUGGAGCUAAAAUCAUGGAUACACCAAUACCGGGUUGUGAACAGCAUACCUUCAAUUCAGACGAUUACUGGGAGUGUAGCUUACGAAGCCUCAUCGGCAGCCUAUAUCACCAAGUGUCCACCUGCAAAAUGGGCCCGCCUGAAGAUAAGGAAGCCGUCGUUGACUCAAGACUCCGAGUCUACGGAAUCAAAAGCCUGCGCGUGAUUGACACCAGUGUCAUCCCUCUACCUGUGACAGCCCAUACUGCUGAACCCGCGUAUGUUGUUGGCGAAAAAGGGGCGGAUUUGAUCAAGCAAGAUUGGGGAGUGCUGUGAUUUUCUAGUUUUAUAUUGACUGUUCCAAAGACAAUUGGCUAGUGGAUAUUGUGAAGAGCGAAAUGAGCUCUUAAUGGACGCUUGAGCUGUGUAAGAGGAGAAAGCUCCUCCUUCUACUCAUGUCAUGCGAGAUACAGGGUGACAGGUAAAUAGGUGUAAAACAUUUUAGGAGGUGAUAGUACAGCUCCUUUGCUAUCAAAAUUAGUAUAUAAUACCAUACCCUAUAUUCAAAGGUUGAAAAGUUAUGGAAGAUUUAAUUUUUUUAAAAAACAACCGAGAUUACAGAGUAAAAUAGUUGAGAUAAAAAAAAGUUGGUGAUUAAACAUUAUUUUUUUGGUGGUUUCAGGUUAUUAUUUAAAUAAAUAAUUCUCAUAAAUUAAAAAACAUAUGAAAACACUACUGGAAACGUACGUACUACCGUAACGAAGAAUACGCUGAUAUUCUGUUUUGUUAUGGUUUAAGUGAUGGAAAUUCCGUUGAAGCCAGGCGAGAAUACCAAAACCGUUUUCCGAAUCGGCGAAUACCGAGUCAUCGAGUAUUUGCUUCUGUGUACCAACGCGUCAAGGAAAGUGGACAGGUUCAUGAGAGACGUCAUGAUGCUGGUAGACCUCGGUUGUUUGACGACGAAGAUCGAGAGGCAAUACUGGAAUGCUACGGCAGAGACCCGACGACGUCUACACGAGUUAUAAGCAAAGAAGCUUGGUUUAACUCAGUGGAAAGUUUGGUUCGUUUUGCAUUCGGCGAGACUUUACGCUUUCCAUUACACACCGGUUCAAGUAUUAGAAGAAGGAGAUCCCGCAAGAAGAAUUGAUUUUUGUCGAUACAUGCUUCAUCGGGAUCAAGAAGAAAACGACUAUUUAACUAAAAUAUUGUGGACCGACGAGUCUAAGUUUGACAGAGAGCGGACAACAAAUUAUCACAACUUACAUUAUUGGGCCCCACGAGAGGAAAACCCCCACAUGGCAAAGCCAAGAGUCCAUCAAAGAAGAUUUUCGGCAAACGUGUGGAUGGGAAUCAUUCAUACGUAUCUAAUUGGACCAGUUUUUUUGCCUGACAACCUGAAUGGCGAAUCCUAUGAAAACUUUUUGAGAUCCGAACUCUGGGAGUAUCUCGAAGGCCUGCCUCUGAAUAUCAGGAUGCAGAUGAUCUACCAACACGAUGGCUGUCCCGCGCAUUUCCGUCUGGGUGUUAGACAGUGGCUGGAAAUAUCCUUGUCGCUGGAUUGGCCGAGGUGGACCGACACCGUGGCCAGCGAGGAGCCCAGAUUUAACACCGUGUGACUAUUAUUUAUGGGAGCACAUGAAGUCACUGGUGUACGCUGAGCCCAUAGACACUCUUGCACAGUUGAAAGAAAGAAUUAUUGCUGCUGCUGACACUAUCAGAGGACAACUAACUGGCCGCAUCACGCGUACCAACAUGAGAAAAAGACUACGGGCUUGCAUAAGAAGCGGCGGGCGUCAGUUCGAACAACAAUUGCAAUGAAUUUUACCUUCAUUUCAUUAUUUUAUUUUACUUACCAAUUGUAGUAACUUUUAGUCAGUUUUUAUUAUUCUGUAGUACAAUUACAACUGUGUAAAUAAUCUAAUCGUGUAACUUAACCGUAGUUUAAAAUAAUAACUAUCCCAUAGCUUACAGUUACAUUAUUUUCACAAAAACAGUUUCUUAUCAAUCAGAGAGUUGUGAAAAUAGGAGACAAGCCAUUGGUAAAUUUACUCCCUAUUGUUGUAUUACAAUACAUUAUGUUUAGUUUCACACAGUUUUUGUGCACUUAUCAUACCAAUUUAGAUUCCUUAUGAAACAAGGAUAUUAUUUAAAUUGUUUGUACGUUUUUUUGUAUACUGAUUUUUUUGUAAAACACCUUACUUACUGUAAAACGUUAUUUGUUUUUCUUAGUUAAACAUUUUUGAAUGAAAAUAAAUACGUUGUUUGGUAUUGUUUUCUAA